ACAAACGCUGAACAAUCUCUUUAAUGGCGGGUGAUAAUUAGGGCAGAGUAAAGAUACAUAGCGGCACCUUCAUUCUUGCAAAUACGAACUACAUGGUGACCUACAGUUUAUCGUACCACUCACUUAGGUGUGAUGGAAUGCACUCAAAAAUGUGCAACGUGAAUUAAAAAAAGACGGGUAAAGGUAAAGGAUUGUUCGGCAACCACCGACCAUCUCGUCAUCGUCGGCUUUGUUGUGAAAAAUAAAUUGGGAAUUUUAAGCAAUUCCAGUGAUUUGGAUAUAUUAAACGGACACGUAUGGCACAGGCCAGUAUUAACAAGAGCCUGCAAUGGGUGACUCUUUUUGAUAACAUGAAUGCAAAAGCUGAAAACGAGAAAAAGACAAAAAGUAAAGGAAAAGCUACAAAACAACAAACUAUGGAAUCUGAAAACACUGACAUCGUGCACCUGCCAGCAACUGGGGAAGGAGAAGAUGGCAAGAAGGGAACAAAGAAACGUGUUUCUAUUGAAAGAAUAUACCAGAAGAAAUCGCAGUUGGAGCACAUUCUUCUGCGUCCAGAUUCAUACAUCGGGUCCACGGAACCUGUUACGCAAAAUAUGUGGGUGUAUGAUGACAUUCGAGAACAGAUGGUACAGAGAGAGAUCACAUUUGUACCUGGCCUGUACAAAAUCUUCGAUGAAAUUCUAGUCAAUGCUUCCGACAAUAAACAAAGAGAUCCUGGUAUGAACUGCAUUAAGAUUGACAUCGAUCCAGUGAACAAUAAAAUAAAGAUCUGGAACAAUGGCCGCGGUAUCCCAGUAGUGGAACAUAAAACAGAGAAGAUGUAUGUGCCUACCAUGAUAUUUGGGCAUCUCCUUACCUCCAGUAAUUACGACGAUACAGAGAAGAAAGUCACAGGUGGCAGAAAUGGUUAUGGUGCAAAGCUGUGUAACAUUUUCAGCACUAAAUUCAUAGUUGAAACAUCUGCAAAAGAAUAUCACAAAGGAUUCAAACAGACAUGGAUCAACAACAUGGGUCAGACAAAGGAGCCCACAAUUACAGAGGCCAAGAAUGACGACUUCACAGCUAUCACAUUCUACCCAGACUUACCCAAGUUCAAGAUGGAGACUUUGGAUAAAGAUACAGUUGACCUGUUCACCCGUCGGGCUUAUGACAUUGCUGCAGUAGCAAGUGGGGUCAAAGUGUUCCUCAAUGGAAAGAGGUUACCUGUGAAAAAUUUCCAAGAAUACAUCAACCUGUAUGUCAAGGACAAGAUGGAUGAGAAUAAUUUGCCUAUCAAAGUAUGUUAUGAAAAAGCCCAUGAACGCUGGGAAGUGGCAGCCAUGUUAAGUGAAAAAGGAUUCCAGCAAGUCAGCUUUGUGAACAGCAUAGCUACCACAAAGGGUGGUCGUCAUGUGGAUUAUAUCACAGAUCAGGUUGUCAACAAACUCAUCGAAAUUGUCAAGAAGAAGAACAAGGGUGGAGUUGCUAUUAAACCAUUUCAGAUCAAGAACCAUUUAUGGAUUUUUGUGAACUCCAUGAUCGAAAACCCUACAUUUGAUUCUCAGACCAAGGAAAACAUGACUCUACAGGUCAAGUCAUUUGGAUCCAAGUGCUCUCUAUCUGAGAAGUUUGUUACAGCAGUAAGUAAGUGUGGAAUUGUUGAAAGCAUCAUGAGCUGGGUGAGAUUCAAGGCACAAGCACAACUCAACAAAAAGUGUAGUGGUACCAAGCAUUCUAAGCUGAAAGGAAUUCCCAAACUGGAUGAUGCCAAUGAGGCUGGAACAAAGUUCUCCAAGGAUUGUACUCUCAUUCUGACAGAGGGGGACUCGGCCAAGACACUUGCAGUGUCUGGUCUAGGUGUUGUAGGACGUGAUAAGUUUGGAGUGUUCCCCCUCAAGGGAAAGGUGCUCAAUGUGCGCGAAGCCACACAUAAACAGAUCAUGGAAAAUGCAGAGAUAAACAACAUUAUAAAGAUCAUGGGGCUGCAGUUCAAGCAAAACUAUGACAGUGAAGAUUCACUGAAGACGUUACGUUAUGGAAAGUUGAUGAUCAUGACUGAUCAGGACCAGGACGGAUCCCACAUCAAGGGUCUUCUCAUCAACCUGAUGCAUCAUUUCUGGCCUGCCCUUCUCAAACGCAACGUCGUCAAUCAGUUCAUCACACCUAUUGUCAAGGUAACCAAAGGAAAGGAUGAGCUGUCCUUUUACAGUCUGCCCGAGUUUGAGGAGUGGAAAAGAGAAACUGAUAACUGGCACACGUGGAAAGUGAAGUACUACAAAGGUUUGGGAACCAGCACAGCCAAGGAAGCAAAGGAGUACUUUUCUGACAUGGACAGACACAAGAUUGACUUCCGUUAUACUGGUGUUGAGGAUGAUGCUUCCAUUACUCUGGCAUUUAGCAGAAAAAAGGUGGAGGAAAGGAAAGAAUGGCUGACCACUUGGAUGGAGGAGAGAAAGCGACGCUCUGAGAUGGGGUUACCCGAGCUGUACCUGUAUGGAAAGGAGACGAAGCAGAUCACCUACAACGAUUUCAUCAACAGAGAGUUGAUUUUGUUCAGCAAUGCUGACAACAACCGUUCAAUCCCCUCCAUGGUAGAUGGUUUGAAGCCUGGACAAAGAAAGGUCCUUUUCACAUGCUUCAAGCGUAACCUGGUAAAGGAAAUCAAGGUGGCUCAGCUGGCGGGUUCUGUCGGUGAACAGUCUGCCUACCAUCAUGGAGAGAACUCCCUGAUGGGGACAAUCAUCAACUUAGCCCAGAACUUUGUAGGUUCAAACAACAUCAACACACUGAAACCCAUUGGUCAGUUUGGUACCCGUCUUCAUGGUGGAAAGGAUGCUGCUAGUCCCCGUUACAUCUUCACUCAGCUCAGUCCAAUGGCCAAACUUGCAUUCAACCCCAAGGAUGAGCCAUUGCUGGAAUCCAACUAUGAUGACAAUCAGAAAAUCGAGCCCACAUGGUACUGUCCAAUCUUGCCUAUGGUGUUGGUGAACGGAGCUGAAGGUAUCGGUACAGGUUGGAGUACUAAAAUUGCCAACUACGAUCCACGGGAAAUCAUAGCCAACAUCAAGAGGCUUAUGGACAAUGAAGACGUUGUGCCAAUGGUGCCUUCCUUCAAAGGUUUCAAGGGAUCAAUUCAGGAGCUUUGCACUAAUCGAUACCUGGUGUCGGGUGAAAUCUCGGUCAUUGACGAGCAGACCGUGGAGAUUACUGAACUGCCUGUACGUACCUGGACACAGAACUACAAGGAAGAUGUACUGGAGCCAAUGUUAUAUGGCAAUGAAAAAACUCCAAUCAUGAUUACAGACUACAAAGAGUACCACACAGACACCACUGUGAAGUUUGUCGUCAAAAUGACACCUGAGAAGCUGGCCCAGGCAGAGGACACUGGUCUCCACAAGGUGUUCAAGUUACAGUCAAGCCUUGCCCAAACCACAAUGGUGUUGUUUGACCAGAAUGGUUGUAUCAAGAGAUACGAAUCAGUGGAAGACAUCCUACUCGAUUUUUAUACACUUCGUUUGGACUUCUACCAGAAACGAAGGGACUUUAUGUUGGGUAUGCUUUCUGCAGAAUCAUUGAGGUUUGACAACAUGGCUCGCUUCAUCCUUGAGAAGAUUGAAGGCACUAUUGUCAUUGAGAACAAACCGAAGAAGGAGCUGAUAUCAAUGCUGGUAAGGCGAGGCUUUGACAGUGAUCCGGUCAAGGCAUGGAAGUCUAAACAGGAUGUGAGCAGCAGGGUUGAUGAAGAUUCUGAUGAAGAAGACAGCGAUGGUCCAGAUUUUAAUUACCUUUUGGGUAUGCAACUGUGGAGUCUAUCUCGAGAGAAGAAAGACGAGUUGCUGAAGCAGAAGGAGGCAAAGGCCAAGGAGCUGUCCAACCUCAGACAUAAGACAAAAAUGGACCUGUGGAAGGAUGAUCUGGAGGAGUUCCUCACCGUACUAGAUGAAGUGGAACAGAAGGAGAAGGAGGACGAAGCUUUAGGUAUCACCAAGGUCACCAAGACCAAGGGUGGCAGCAAGCCACGUGUCAAGAAAGUGGCCAUAAUUGAGACCCAGCCAUCCCCAAUGGGUAGACGUGUUGAACCUCGAAUAGAAUCAGCUAUGAAGAAGAUGACCAAGGCAACUGCUGGUAAAGCUAAAAAAGUGGGAAAAGAAGCCAAGACACUAGAUUUUAAGAUGGAGGAUGACAAUGAUGAGCCAAUGAGUCUUGCUGACCGCCUGAAGGCCAAGGAGAUGGGCAUGGGCGAAGGGAAUGGCAAUGAAAAGAAGAAGCGAAAUCCCAAAAAAGUGAAAGCUGAACCUGUAAUUAAGAAAUCCUCCCCUAAAAAAUCACCGAAAAAAGGCAAGAAACGGAAUCCGUGGUCUGAUGAUUCUGAGGAAGAACUACCAGUAUCUGACUUUGAUGAUGAGGAUAUGGAUGGAAGUUUCCGUGAGACAGUUGUUAGAGAUAGAAUGCCAAGGCGAGCAGCAGCAACCAAGUUGCGAUACAGCUAUGGGUCGGAUGAGGAGGUGAUAAAAUCUGACUCGGAGAAUGACUUCAAACCUGUGGAAGACACUGGCUUUAAACCGAAUGAGGAUGAGGAUGAACCAUUAAGUGAAGAAGAGGAAGAAUCUUUCAUUGGAGGGUCAAAAGCGGCUCCAGUGAAGAAGGUUAUUUCAUCUGAUGAGGACGAUGACCAAUUUAAUGGAGACACCAAUUCCAUGGAUAUUUGGGGACAGUCACAGUCACCUAAAGCUGACCCAGUUACAGUUGCUGAAAGUGACGAAGAUGAAAUGUUUAAACCCAUAGCACCAAUCAAAUUAAAGAAAACUGGGCCCCCCAAAGCUCCUGCCACAAAACCCCCAGCAAAGAAAAAGACAGCCGACCCAAAACAGCCCUCAAUUGCCCAGGCCCUGGCAAAGACAAAACCCAAGUCCAAGCCUGCUACAAAAGCCCCCAUCAUACUGGACAGCGACGAAGACGAUGAUGGAAUUUUACUCCCUGCUCAAGAUUUACCGCCCAAGGAAAAGAAACCCAGAAAACCUAAGACCAAGAAAUCUGUAGACUCGGACAGUGAGGACAAGCCAAAGAAAAAGCCAGCAAGCAAGAGACCUGCCAAGUUUGUUGAUUCUGAUAUGUCUGAAGAUGAAUUUGUGCCCAAAAAGAAAAAGGCAGCAAAAAAAGCAACAAAGAGCAAGAAGAAGGCUUUUUCCAGUGACGAUGAUGGUAGCGACAUGGCAGAUGAGGUGUAUGUCCCUCGUGCCACUACAGGACGGGUGCGCAAUGUUGCCAAAUACACAUUUGACGAGGAUGGUGACAGUGAUAUGGAUUGAACAUAUAACUACCAAUACCUGAAAGGUUUUUGCUGCUGGUUGGACCAUUCAGUGUUUGUGUAAGGUCUUACUAAGCGAUCUUGCUAAGCAGAAGUGGCUGCAAUGUUCUCAAACGACCAUAUAGAGAAUUGGGUUUCCCAGUGUUCAUGUAAGGUCAAAUAUUGAAUGACAUGACUAUCAGUGACAUGUUAUUCCAGUUCAAACCAGACCUGUUCUAAUCUAUGUGGGUUGUGCACUGUUGCAGUGGUAGAUACACAUAAGGAUAUGUAAAGACAGCCUACUGCACUGUUGUAUGAUGUGAAGAGGACAGAAUCUGAAGACAUGUGUUCUGUAAUAAGAGAUUAAUUUAUUGGAACAGAAAUGACGUAUAAUUAUUUUCACCAGGAGAUUGUGCAUCUUGUUUGAAUCACUUUUAAGUGGAUAAUUCAUACCUGGUUUGUAAUAUGUAUGGACAUUUGUAACUCGGAAAAAACGUUUGAAAAAUUCCUUUUCAUAUUUGAAAGGACAUGCCAUUACAGAAAUAUUUAAAUGAUAUCAUAUAACAGAUAGGCAGCUUUGAAAUUUCGAGUUGACAGGUGUACUCUUGUUAAGGUUAAUGAUAGUAUACAGCCUGAUGAUCGCCAGGUCUGUGAUACAAGGGCGAACCCUUAUCAAGCUGUACUUCAAACUACACAGAUGUUUAUGAGGAGGUAUUAGGAAAGGAGAAGCUAAUUUGAUAUAAAGUCUCGCGCAUUAUAUUUACUACCAUUUUAUGUUUUAAAGUAUUGAACAUUUAUUUUCCAAAUUAACUUAUUUUGUUGUAAAUAGUGAUACGACAUAUUGAACUGUAACACAUCACUUUCAAUGAUUUAUUCUUAAAAUAAGUUUUGUGUAGUCAUUUAAGAAAGAGGAAAAAUAAGUUGUUGCUCUUAAAACAUUAAAUAAGUGAAGUGUCUUUUUGUGUUGACAAUUGUGGGGAACAAAAGUUGACCUGACCAUUUACAUGUUACAGUGAUGAUGAUGUAGCAUCAUGACAUUAUUUUUUAUUCAUCAUAUUAAGAAGUUUUAGUUAAAGAACUUUUUUUAUCGAGACUAAAGUUGGUUGUCUGCCAUUGAUUAGUCAUCAUCAUCCCAUCUCAUUAAUUAUUAAAUGUUACACACAGUAUAUCAUCAGUUUGUUGCUGAAUUUUAGAUAAUUAACAUCAGCCUUUCAUGAGAUUUCUAGACCUUUUUCUGUCACUCUCCUAUCUUUUCUCUCCAUCAUGUUUUGUGUGAGAGAGUAUGAUGAUCAUUUUAUUGUGCAAAACAGAAUUCAUUUCAUGCAUACUUUGUCCAUGUCAUUAAAUCAUUCACCAAACAG